AUGUCCGACGGUCACUAUGGCUCUCGAAGUGAGAGUGAAAAACACAAAGUGCCUAAUAUGAACGUCGCAAACUCCAAUGUCGUCGUGGUCGGUGGCGGUAUCGUGGGUGCCUCUAUCGCUUGGCAUCUCUCCUCCGAGACGAACGUGACUAUUAUCGCGGAAGAUAUCGGAGGAGUAGCUACUCCCAACUCAUUCGCUUGGCUUAAUGCUGCUUCGUCGGAUAAGAAGUUCUACUACGAAUUUAGACUCCAGUCUCUCGAGCACUGGAGGGAGAUUGAGAAAGCUGUCGAGAACUUACCUAUUCAUUGGGGAGGUACCACGAGCUGGGAUAAAUCGCCCGAAGAGCUUGAAGAGGAGCAAAAGAACCUUACUGCCUGGGGGUAUGAUGUUAUUCGCGUUGAUAAGACCGAGAUAUCGAAGCGGGAGCCUCAUAUUGAAGAGACGAAGCUUCCGGAAUGGGGUCUUGGUUAUGAUCAGGAGGGAGCUCUGGAACCUGAAAAGGCGGCUGAGCUAUUGAUUAACCUCGCGAAAGACAACAGCGCCAAGGUUCUCGAGACCAAAGUCACAGGAUUCACCAAGACAGGCGGCCAUAUCAGCAGUGUUACUCUCUCAUCCGGCGAAACCAUUCCAGCAGACCAUGUUGUCGUAGCCGCAGGUCUAGGAAGCGUCUCCCUCCUCGCCUCCCAAAAUAUCCCCCUCCCCCUCAAAAGCACAGCCGGUCUUCUCGUCAACACAAAACCCACCUCUAAAAAGCUAAUCAACGGUGUGAUCAACGCUCCCGAACUACACAUCCGUCAAACCCUCAACGGAGCCCUACUGUUUGGUUCAAGCUACGCCGGCGGAGAUCUAGGCGAUGAUCCAGAAAAGACGGCACGUGAACUCUUCACCAAGCUUCAAAAGUCAGUUGUUGGGGGAGAUGAGCUUGAGUUCAGUCACUACACUAUUGGCCAUCGAGUAUUGCCAGAAGAUGGACUGCCGAUUCUUGGAGAGACGGGAUUGGAUGGACUCAGUGUUGCUGUGAUGCAUUCUGGUGUUACGAAUGGAGCUCUUGUUGGGAAGUUGUUGAGCAGGCAAAUACUCACUGGGGAGACUGAUCCUAUACUGGAGAGUUUCCGACUAGAUCGUUUUGCAUGA